AGAACAACAUAUUAUCUCACCGAACGCAUUAUGGCUGCCAUGGCGAUUGAUAGCGCAAAGCGGAAAGCUUCCGAGGAGAUCACUUCCCCGGAUUCGCAACAACAGAGCAAGAAAGCGCGCACUGACUCGCUGGAACGAGAACCAAAGGUUGAGGAAGACGAAGACACCGGGAAGCCCCUCCGAAUCGUCCCCUUUCCCGAGAAACCUGCGGUUUUAGAAGAGCGUCGAGGAGAUAUCGAGUUCCGGGUGGUCAAUAAUGACGGGUCGCGGGAUAGCUUUGUUAUCCUCACCGGGUUAAAAUGCAUUUUCCAGAAGCAACUUCCCAAGAUGCCCAAGGAUUAUAUUGCGCGAUUGGUGUACGACAGAUCACAUCUGUCUAUCGCGAUUGUGAAGCAUCCGUUGGAAGUUGUUGGAGGAAUCACGUACCGGCCAUUCAACAGUCGCAAGUUCGCCGAAAUUGUUUUUUGUGCCAUUUCUUCCGACCAACAGGUGAAAGGUUACGGAGCACAUUUGAUGUCACAUCUCAAGGACUAUGUGAAAGCCACAUCGCCCAUUAUGCACUUCCUGACGUACGCCGAUAACUAUGCUAUUGGAUAUUUUAAAAAGCAGGGCUUCACGAAGGAAAUUACGCUCGAAAGGUCUAUGUGGAUGGGAUAUAUCAAGGAUUACGAGGGAGGCACCAUUAUGCAGUGCACGAUGCUGCCCAAGAUACGAUACCUGGAAAUUGGGCGCAUGCUCUUGAAGCAAAAGGAAGCAGUUCAUACGAAGAUUCGCGCGUUUAGUCGGUCACAUAUCAUCCACAAUCCGCCAAAAGAGUGGAAAAACGGGCCGUGUCAGAUCGAUCCCUUGAGCAUCCCGGCCAUCAAGGAAUCCGGGUGGUCACCUGAUAUGGAUGAGCUGGCUCGUCAACCACGCCAUGGACCAAACUAUAACCAACUGCUGCACCUUCUCAACGACAUGCAAAACCACAGCGCUGCAUGGCCCUUUACCCAACCUGUCAAUCGCGAUGAAGUGCCGGAUUACUACGAGGUUAUUAAGGAGCCUAUGGACCUUUCGACCAUGGAGGAGAAGCACGAAAAAGACAUGUAUCCAACACCACAGGACUUCAUCAAAGACGCUAUGUUGAUAUUCGACAACUGCCGGCGGUAUAACAACGAGACCACCCCAUAUGCCAAGAGUGCGAACAAGCUAGAGAAGUUCAUGUGGCAGCAGAUCCGGAACAUCCCGGAGUGGUCGCAUUUGGCUGAUGGCCAUUGAGAUUGGGAUUACCUGGCAUGCUUUGGAGCGUAGGAGUUAUUCGUGUGGCUGGCGUUUAUAUAUGCAUUUCCUGUGAUUUAUAAGGUUCCGUGGAUAAUACCCAAAGAGUGAUUGAUGAAGCAUUGGUUCUGGAGGUUCGGUUUCGGCUUUAUUUGAGUUUUGGGUGAAACUGGUAUUUUUAGCAAUUUCACUGUAUGUAUUGUGGAUUACUGUAGUCCCUUGCUGGGUUUUCUAACGCUGGUACAGCUACAGUAUGGAGUACAGUUCAUAAAUAUAGUCCAAUUGAUAACAAUCAAUGUAUGUAGUAGGGUUAUCAACUGUCUG